UACCGGUGUUGCUGUAAACCCGUCAGCUCUUUUGUAUUAUAUAUAUAUAUAUUUUUCCCCAGUAUAACAAUGGACAAAUCCUUUGUGCUGUAUUCAGACAAAGCCGAAGACGUUGCUACCUCCUCUAGUUUCCGUCAUUUUAAAAUAGAGCAUUUUCAUCUGGAUCUUAUAGUGGAUUUUGGGCAGAAAAUCAUAUCAGGCACCGAGACAAUACAGUUGCAAUGCAUUCAGGAUAGUCGAAGUGAACUGCAGCUAGAUAUUCAUCCAACUCUGUCGCUGCAAGGAGUGUCGUUCAGUCGUAAUGCACAAGACUGGACCAGAGCAGAAUUUCUCAUUCGGGUUUUCACAAGUUAUGGUGCCACAUUGGUAGUGAAGUUUCCUACACCUGUCAACUCGGAUGACAAAUUUCAACUUGCAAUCAAAUAUACAGCUUCUGAUGGACCAGGGGUGUGUUGGCUGGAACCAGAGCAGACUGCGGGAAAGAUGAAGCCUUAUGUUUAUACUCAAGGUCAGGCUGUGCUGAACCGUUCCUUCUUCCCUUGCUUUGAUUCCCCAGCAGUCAAGAGUAGCUACUCUGCUGCAGUUAAGGUGCCUGUUGGCUUCACAGCAGUUAUGAGCGCUAGUAAAUGGGUGCACAGAAAGGCAGACAACACUUUCCUGUUCACUAUGGAGCAUCCCAUUCCGGCGUACCUGGUAGCACUGGCAGUAGGGGACUUGCAGUCUGCUGAGGUGGGGCCAAGAACACGUGUUUGGACUGAGCCCUGUUUACUGCAGGCAGCCAAGCAGGAGUUUGAUAAUGUGAUUGAGGAGUUCCUGUCUGUGGGAGAGAAACUGUUUGGACCCUAUGUUUGGGGACGGUAUGAUGUGCUCUUCAUGCCUCCAUCGUUCCCUUUUGGUGGGAUGGAGAACCCCUGUCUGACUUUUGUCACACCCUGUCUGCUGGCCGGGGAUCGCUCUCUUGCUGACGUUAUUGUACACGAGAUCUGCCACAGCUGGUUUGGAAACCUUGUUACCAACGCCACCUGGGGGGAUUUCUGGCUCAACGAGGGCUUCACAAUGUACGCUCAACGCAGGGUUUGCAAAGAGCUUUAUGGGGAUGCUUACACAUGUCUGGAGGCAGCGACUGGUAAAGCCCUUUUGCGUCAGCACAUGGACAACACUGGAGAGGACCAUCCUCUCAACAAACUACGUGUUAAGAUUGAACCAGGUGUUGAUCCAGAUGAUACCUAUAAUGAAACGCCCUAUGAGAAAGGCUACUGCUUUGUGUCCUACCUGGCACACCUCACAGGAAAUCAAGCCCACUUUGAUGCAUUCCUUAAGGCUUAUGUGGACAAGUUCAAGUUCUGCAGUGUGAUGGCCGAGGAUGCUUUGGAGUUCUACCUGGAGUAUUUCCCAGACCUGAAAGAGAAGAAUGUCCACAGAAUUGAGGGUCUGGAUUUUGACAGCUGGCUCAAUGUGCCCGGUUGGCCUCCAUAUUCCCCUGACCUCUCUGCUGGUCUGAAGCUGAUGAAACCAGCUGAGCAGUUAGCUGAACUGUGGGUUAACAAUAACCUGGACAUAGACUCUAUCAAACAAACUGAUAUCAAACCGUGGAAGACCUACCAAACUGUGUAUUUCUUGGACAAGAUCCUUGAGAUGUCACCCCUUCCUGAUGGUAACAUAAGGAAGCUGGAGCAGUCUUACUCACUCAUUACUGAGUCCAGUAACGCUGAGCUGAGAUUACGCUGGGCCCAGAUUGUUGCAAAGAACCAGCAUAAACCAGGAUACCAACAUAUUCGCAAUUUUCUCAGCAGCCAGGGGAAACAGAAGUACACAUUACCUGUUUAUCGGGCCCUUUGGAGUGGAUCAGAGGAGACUAAGUCUCUGGCUAUGGACAUAUUUUCUGCCACUUCUAAUCAGCUUCACAUCAAUGUUCGCAAUUACGUAAAAAAAAUUAUGGCUUAAUGAAUUUGGACAAUUCAGGAGAAAUAUGAGUAUGCAAUGGCUUUAAAAUAUUAAAAAACACCUAAAACAAGUCUUAGCUGGUCGGUCAGGCUGGUCAUUUGGCUGUUUUUAUGGGGGUUUUGAGCACUUUUUAGCUAGUUUUGCUGGAAGAACAGCUACACAAGCUUUAAUUGACUAAAACUCAGUUAAAGAGAUAGUUCACUCAAAAAAAUGUAAUUCUCUCAUCAUUUACUCCCCCUUAUGUCAUCCCAGAUGUGUAUGACUUUCUUU